AUGCAACCUUUACCUGUUGCUAAUGAGGCACUUAGAAAAGAAAAACAUUUUCCCAGCAUGUUGAAGCUAAUGGUUCUUCUUGGAAAAGGAUCUGAGGCAACAGCGUACAUUGAUGAUAGCGAAUCAAAACUUUAUUCGCAAAUGAUUCUUUAUGGAACAGAAAAGCCGCUUAGCGGAAUCAACAAACCAAAAUACAAAUAA